AUGCAAAUGCUCUUGGGUUUCCUCAUCGUCCUCGUGACUCCGUUUGCGCAUGCCAAUCCUUUCACGAUGCCGGUCCCACGACCGACCCGUAAUUCGAGCACGCCGGCAUUUCCAACCAUCGUCAACUCGACUGCAGCGGCGCCGACGGGCGUUGUCCCACCUUCGGGGCGCCCGACUGGCCACUGCCACCGCAAUGGCACGGCGACGGUUUCAGUCCCCAAGGUGACGCCACCUCCGGCCGGUGGCUCGUUCUUUGAAUCCCUCGAGGGUGGAGGUAGCGGCGCGGCAGUGGUGGCCAAGUUCAGACAGACCACAUAUUGGAGUUGCGUCACAUGGCCCAGCACUGUUCAUUGCGGGUGGCAUGAACCCAUCUUGGACGCGAGCAUGAACUCUGGGGAUAGACGUAGCAGUGAGAAGCCGGCAAUCUGGGCCAGGUUUACUGCUGUGGUAGCGGUUGGGCUGAUACUCGGCACAUGA